AUGACACUUACGGAAACGACGCAGACUUCUAUUGAAAAGAACGACGACCUUCGUAUUCAAGAAUUAAUCGCUGCUUCUCAAAAGUUACUCAGUCAAAAUACACAACCUCCUACUCCCACCGCUACCUCUAGUUCAGGUUUCAACUUUAACCCAGAGAUUGUGGGUCAAGAGAAACAACAAUUACGAGCAAGGAAGGCAAAGACAAAAAGCUCUGAAAAUUUAAACGGUUUCGGCGACACUUCUGAUAUGUCCUUGCCUGUGUCGCACAACGGUUCAACUCCUUCGGUGAUUAGUAUGACGAAUGGUUCGACCCCUGCACAUAUAGUUUUCAACAAUGGUACCACUGUUGGAAAUAUCAAUAGUGGUUCGAAUUCACCUAGCUCAGGCUCUUCAGCUUCAACAAAUAGUAUGGCGAACGCAAUGCGAGGUGAAAGAAAAUCAUACAAAGAAAGAACUGAUCACGAGAUCCCUACUGGCCCUCCUGAACUCAUGAGAGAUCCAACUUCUGACUCUUUUUCCACUCAUGCUCAUAGUUGGCCUAUUGUCUUUGCCGUUGUACCACCUAUGGGUGCUCUUAUUUAUGGUAAAUCUGACGUUUGGAUUCCAUGGGAGCUUUAUUAUGCUGCUAGGUCAAGACGUGUCAUAAAUGAGAACCUUCCAGGCCAGACUGCAGAUCCGGCUCAGGAAGCUCAACGAAAUCAAGCAGCAAAAGAACUUCGUUUACAAGAAAUGUGGGCAUUAUUACUUGUUGUUGCUUCUCCAAUAAUCGGUGGUUAUGCAUUACACGGUGCAAAAAUGUACUUGACUGAUUAUGAUAAAUACAUCUCCCAUUUCAAUAUUGUACUAUUUGUAUUUGCUGCUGGAAUUCGUCCGUUAAUGCAUAUUGCUAAUCUUGCCAAAAAUCGGACCUUACAUCUACAAGAACAAGUUCAUUACCCUAGUACUGAAGUCGAAUUAUUAAAACGUCGUGUACAACAUUUGGAAUAUGAAUUUUCUCAAUUACGUCGUGGAUUUGCAACGAAACGUGAUAUUAUAAAUGUACGUGAUGGAUUUGAACCAACUUUAUCUCAAUUAAAUAAAGCUGUGAGACGAUAUGAGAAAAAAGAACAAUGUCUUCGAAAUUAUUCUGAAGAAAGAUUUGCUUUUCUGGAAUCUAAACUUCAGGAAUUUGAUACGUUUAUUUCUUAUAAAUUACAAGAAGAACAAGCUGUUAAUGUUCCACGUAGUAUGAUGCAAUUCAUGUUCUUACCAUUUAAUAUUGCAUUCACCAUAUUGGGGUACGCUACUUAUUUCUUACCGAGAUCUUUACGAGGCACUAAACAAACUCCAAUGUUACAGUCUGCCUUAAAUUCUGAUGAUGAUGAUAGAUUGAAUGGUGACAUAUCACAACAAGAAAUUACUGUUGGAAGUCUACAAAAAUAUUAA